GCGCGGGGAGGGGGAGGAGGGCGAUGGCGGCCAUUUUGAGCCGGGCCCGUCGCUGGCGCCUCGAUGGCCGGGCGGCCGCGGCCGGGCGGGCGGCGCUGAGCGGGGCCGGCGGCGGCGCCAUGGACGUGCGGCGGCUGCGGGUCAACGAGCUGAAGGAGGAGCUGGGCCGCCGCGGCCUCGACACCCGCGGCCUCAAGGCCGAGCUGGCCGAGCGGCUGCAGGCGGCCCUGGAGGCGGAGGAGGCCCGGCGGGGGCCCGGCGCGGCCGGCGGGGACCCGGCCCCCGACGGACACUAUGGCAUCGACAACAACGCCCACCCCAGCGAGCCGCCGGGCUUCCAGCCCUACGAGCACGGCGGCGCCAAGCCGGACAGCGAGUCCGGCUACGAGAGGAGACCCCUGGACCCAGAGCACCCGGCCCUGCACCAAGAGAUGAAGACGGACGCGAAGCAGGACGAGCCCGCGCCCGCCUACAGCCUGCCGCCCCCCAGCUACACCGCCCCCGCCUACAACAUCCCCCCGCCGCCCACCUACAACGCGCCCCCGGCCGGCUACGGCGCGCCCCCGGCCGGCUACAGCGCCCCGGCGCCAGGCUACAGCGCGCCGCCCGCCGGCUACAGCGCCCCAGCACCCGGUUACAGCGCGCCGCCGGCCGGGUACAGCGCCCCGGCCCCAACCUACAGCGCACCGCCGGCCGGCUACAGCGCCCCAGCGCCCGGCUACAGCGCGCCGCCGGCCGGCUACAGCACCCCCGUCCCGGCGUACAACGCGCCGCCGGCCGGCUACAGCGCCCCGGAGCCGUCGCGGCCGCAGCCGCAGCCCCGCAAGCGGCCGUACGAGGAGCCGCGGGGCCGGGGCUACUACGAGCACCGCGAGGACAAGAGGGGCCGCUCGCCGCAGCCGCCGGCCGAGGACGACGAGGAGGACUUCGACGACACGCUCGUGGCCGUCGACACCUACAACUGCGACCUGCACUUCAAGGUGGCGCGGGACCGGUACAGCGGCUACCCGCUGACCAUCGAGGGCUUCGCCUACCUCUGGUCGGGCGCCCGGGCCACCUACGGCGCGCGCCAGGGCCGCGUCUGCUACGAGAUGAAGGUGAACGAGGAGAUCUCGGUGAAGCACCUGCCCUCCACGGAGCCCGACCCCCACGUGGUGCGCGUCGGCUGGUCCCUCGACUCCUGCAGCACCCAGCUGGGCGAGGAGCCCUUCUCCUACGGCUACGGCGGCACCGGCAAGAAAUCCACCAACUGCAAGUUCGAGAACUACGGCGAGGCGUUCGCCGAGAACGACGUCAUCGCCUGCCUCGUCGACUUUGAGUGCGGCGAGGAGGUGGAGAUGUCCUUCAUGAAGAACGGCAAGUGGCUGGGCGUGGCGUACCGGGUGCGCAAGGAGCUGCUGGGCGGCCAGGCGCUCUUCCCCCACGUCCUGGUGAAGAACUGCGCCAUCGAGUUCAACUUCGGCCAGCGCCAGGACACCUACUUCUCCGUGCCGCCCGGCUUCACCUUCAUCCAGCACCUGCCGCUGGCGGAGCGCGUCCGCGGCGCCGUGGGGCCCAAGAGCAAGGCCGAGUGCGAGAUCCUGAUGAUGGUGGGCCUGCCCGCGGCCGGCAAGACGACGUGGGCCAUCAAGCACGCGGCCGCCAACCCCUCCAAGAAGUACAACAUCCUGGGCACCAACGCCAUCAUGGACAAGAUGAGGGUGAUGGGGCUGCGGCGGCAGCGCAACUACGCGGGCCGCUGGGACGUGCUCAUUCAGCAGGCGACGCAGUGCCUCAACCGCCUCAUCCAGAUCGCCGCCCGCAAGAAGCGCAACUACAUCCUGGACCAGACAAAUGUUUAUGGAUCUGCCCAGAGACGAAAAAUGCGUCCUUUUGAAGGUUUCCAGCGCAAGGCCAUCGUCAUCUGCCCCACGGACGAGGACCUCAAAGACCGCACCGUCAAGCGCACCGACGAGGAGGGCAAGGACGUGCCGGACCACGCCGUGCUGGAGAUGAAAGCCAACUUCACGCUGCCGGAGGCCGGCGACUUCCUGGACGCGGUGCUCUUCGUGGAGCUGCAGCGGGACGAGGCCGACCGGCUGGUGAAGCAGUACAACGAGGAGGGCCGCCGCGCCGGGCCCCCCCCCGAGAAGCGCUUCGACGGCCGCGGCGGCGCCGGCGCCGGCGGCUUCCGGGGCCGCGGCGGCUUCCCCCGCUUCGACGGCCGCGGGGGCGGCGGGGGCGGCGGCCCCCCCGGCGGCACCCGCGGCGGCUUCCAGGGCCGUGGCGGCGGCGGCGGCUUCCGCGGCGGCACCGGCACCGGGGCCAACAGCGGCGGCGGCGGCGGAGGUUUCAGCCGAGGCAGCUACACCCAGAACCGCUGGGGCAGCAACACCCGCGACAACAACUCCAGCAACCGGGGCAGCUACAGCCGCAACACCCAGCAGCAGAGCAGCUACAGCCCGGCGCGCACCCAGAGCGCCUACAAGCCCAGCGGCAGCACCCCCCCCACCAGCAGCAGCGCGCCCAGCACCUACAGCCAGGGGCAGCAGCCCAGCUACAGCCAGCCCUACACCCAGGGCGGCUACACCCAGGGCGGCUACACCCCCAGCUACAACUACGGCAGUUACAGCGGUUACAGCCAAAGCUACCCCCAGCCUCCCCCCCCCACGGGGCAGACCUACAAUCAGCAGAACUACAACCAGUACCAACAGCCGCCCCCCCCGUCCCAGUACGCCCAGUGGAGCCAGUACUACCAGCCGCCGAGCCAGUGGCCGCCCUACUACAGCAGCUACGACUACAGCAGCUACGCGGGCAGCUCGCACGGGGGGGCCAGCGCCCAGUGACCCCCCCGCCCUCCCCCCCGCCCUGUUUUUAUUUCCCGCCCGCGCGAGGCCCCGAAAACCGCCGCCCCCCCCGCCGCCCCCGGCCCUUUUACCCAACCCCUGCUCUCCGGGGGCUUUUUUUUGUUUUCUCUUUUUUUUUAAAUAUUUUCUGUACCUUUUUACCGUGGGUCCGCAGCUGCUCGUGUCCGGCGCCGUGCCGCCCCUCUGCUCCGCGCGGGGGGGCGAAAUAAAACCACAAAAAAAGACGAAAAAGGACGGAACCCCCGUAACCGCGUACCUUUUUAUACGAUGUCCGACGGUCCUGUCACUUUGCACAUGCUGUGUGUCGAGUUGAACUGUAACGGCUUUUUUUGUAUUUGGAGAAAGAGUGAUAUUGAACUUUC